AUACGUUUUCCUCAAUUUGUCGGUAAAACAGGAAGGUCCAACGUCACGUUUCUCCAUAAGAGGAUUGGCUAGGCAACCAGAUAAAGCUUGCAAACCUCGAAGAGUUACACCGCGUGUAGACUCCGGUUGUUCGCGCCGUUUUAAGAGCUGGAACGUAUAGCAGCGAGGCUGCGGCGUCGCGCGUUCACUCUCGAUUCGCAAGGUGCAAUACGACGGUGGAAGUGGCAAACACAGGCGCAGUGAGAAAGUGUGCAAGUGGCGGGGUAUACGAACACGGAUUUGGCUGGCUGAUGGCGAGCCGUUCCACACUUCUGCGAUCGGGGAAGCUAUUCACACAGAGGUGAAGCGACAGCCGUCCGGCUGACGACAUAGCGCAACGAAUUUCAGCCAUACGGAGUCGGUGGCGAUGGAGGACUAGACCGACCACGUGUUUACUCGAAGCCGCGCUGCAGACGAGGCAGGUGUUCGUCGCUCUGUUUUUGACACACAUAAGGCUGUUUGUAGAAGAUUCAUCAUAAAUGUGACGAGAUCACUCGCGCUUACUGAACCAAAGUCGUAAAAUACGAAACAGAAGACCCGCGAGCUUCGGAACAUUUGAAUUUGAAAUUUUCAACCGCUAAGUUUUCUCGAUUCCUAAAAUGCCGGACAAAGUUGGACCCGCGGAACAGCAACCGCUACGAAAAACGCCGAGUUCGGAUGACGGAAUCAGGCUGAAGAAGGACCUCGGAUUGCUCGACGGUGUCGCCAUAAUCGUCGGGGUAAUCGUCGGGGCGGGUAUAUUUGUUUCACCCAAAUCGGUCCUCGAACACAGCGGAAGCGUUGGUCAAGCUUUGCUGAUAUGGAUAUCAUCCGGGUUCUUAUGCCUCAUCGGCGCAUUAUGUUACGCAGAAUUGGGGACCAUGAUCCCAAAAUCCGGAGGUGACUACGCCUACAUCAGUGACGCCUUCGGACCCUUACCUGCAUUUCUCUAUCUUUGGGUGGCCCUCUUUAUUCUGGUACCAACAGGCAAUGCAAUAACUGCAAUCACUUUUGCGCAGUAUAUUUUGCAGCCCGUUUGGCCCGAUUGUUCAGCUCCUUAUCUGGCGGUUAGACUUCUGGCCGCUGUCAUAACAUGCCUGCUAACAGCGAUAAAUUGCUACAACGUGAAAUGGGCAACGCGAAUCCAAGACAUAUUUACCGGAACGAAGAUCUUCGCACUAAUCAUCAUAAUCGUCGCUGGAUUAGUGUGGCUUUGUAUGGGAAAUACUGAAAAUUUUCGCCAUCCGAUGGCUGGAACCAACACGGAUCCGGGGCACAUCGCGUUAGCAGCUUACGCAGGAUUGUUUUCCUACUCUGGAUGGAAUUACCUAAACUUUGUCACGGAGGAGAUCAAAGACCCAUACAAGAAUUUACCUAAGGCGAUAUGCAUAUCGUUGCCAUUGAUAACCAUAAUCUAUGUCCUGGCGAACGUAGCUUACUUCGCAGUUCUGACCCAAUCCGAAAUUCUAGUAUCAGAUGCUGUCGCGGUGAAAUUUGGGAACAAAUUGUUGGGUGUGAUGUCUUGGAUAAUGCCAUUCUUCGUAGCUUGUUCGACGUUUGGAGCCCUGAAUGGCGCCAUAUUUGCAUCCUCGCGGUUAUUUUUUGUCGGUGCACGCAACGGACAUCUUCCAACUGCUAUUGCCCUCAUUAACGUCAAGAAUUUGACUCCUAUGCCGUCUCUCAUCUUUCUUUGCAUCAUAACGUUGGUUCUCCUGGUUAUCGAGGACGUCAGUUCACUGAUCACCUACGUCAGUUUUGUGGAAGCUGUUUUCACCACGUUGUCGGUGUCUGGUCUUCUUUGGCUGAGACACAAGUGCCCCGAUCUCCAUCGUCCGAUUAAGGUAUACAUCGCCUUGCCGAUAAUAUUCUUCAUGAUCUGUAUCUUCCUCGUUGUGCUGCCGUGUCAUGAAUCGCCGUGGGAGGUUGGUAUAGGAACUGGGCUGAUACUAUCGGGCAUUCCGGUCUACCUCAUCUUCAUACAGUGGAAAAGGAAACCAAGAUGGCUCGUCGCAGCGUCUUAUGAACUGAACAUGGCUUGUGCGAAGAUGUUCAUGUGCGUUCAUGAGAGCAAAGCCGACUGACGAAAAGAGAAGGAAAGUAAUAUUUAGCGAGAAUUUUAAUUUCGGGUUCACGCAGUAUUUGUACCUGUCCACCUACUGAAAUACCAUCAACUAUAGCGAAUGAAUAGUCGGUAAUCGCAAAAGUGUACCGCGAGCUACAAGAUUUAUUAUGUGCUAUUAA